GCUUAAUGAAAAAUAUGUUAAACAUCUACAUCAAUCUGACAGACAUCAAAACACAUUUUUAAUUUACUGACAUGUAUUUGUACAUCUCGUAAAUUUACUCAUUUUCAAUCCCAUUUUUUCUGCAGCACAGAAAAAAUAUUGGUUUCAUGUAAAAUAAAAUAUCUUUAAAACCGUAAAGAGAGCAGCACUAAUUUAAAAUACAUAAUGUGUGGGCGUUGGAGAGAAGCUGCGCUGGAUGUUUGCUGAACUCUGAACUUUGCUUUAGACAGGAUCGAUUGUGAAAAACAUUUAUUUUCAACAGUUUCUCUCAGGAGUUAAAACUCGGCGGCCGGUUUGGACUCGUUUCUCCUGGUAGCAGUGAAAUGGAAACGUUUCCUCUGGCUGUGGGACACGACGCCAUUCGCUCUGCUGAAUCUUCACUCUGGACUUUAAACCAACGAGAGCCGGAGCGUUUUGAUUUGACACGAUGUCUUCACACAGGAAACGGAUCCGGCUGGUCCGAUGUGUCCACUGGGUCGUACUGGAAACAGGCUGCCUUGUGUUUCCAUGUGAUCUAUUUCAUAUAAACAUAACAUCACCACGUUUCAUAAAAACUAAACAGGAAUUCAUUACAUUAUCUAAUUUAUUUAACUUAAAAAGAAAAGCAACAAUUACUGCAACAGUUAAGAUAACCCCUUUCUAACUUUUAGCUCCUGCUCAGAUAUUGAUGGAACUUAUUGAAAUUACAGAAUUGAUAUCUGCUGCUGUUUUCAAAUGCAUAAUGUUUAACUUAAGCUAUUAAGUAAAAUAUUACAAAGAUUUCUCCUGCUAGACGGCCGAGGGAAUGAUUCAAACCGAACCCUGAGGCUGCAUUCACACCAGACCUGUUUGGUCCACUUUAACCCAACUCCGGUCCGUUUGCCAAGGCUUGAAUCCCACUGAGGCCCCAUGGAGCAGGAUGUGGAGAGUCCGGCCGCCGUCAGGAAGCCCAAACUGCCCAAGCAGGCCCGGGAGGACCUGCCCAAGCAGCUGGCAGAGAUAGACAGAGCAAAGAAGAUCCAGCGCUACGUCCAGAAAGACGGGAAGUGCAAUGUCCACCACGGGAAUGUUCGUGAGACCUACCGCUAUCUGACAGACAUUUUCACCACGCUGGUGGACCUGAAGUGGCGGUUCAACCUGUUCAUCUUCGUGCUGGUGUACACGGUGACAUGGCUGUUCUUCGGCCUGAUGUGGUGGCUCAUCGCUUACCUGCGCGGCGACCUGGACCAUAUAGCUGACGGUCAGUGGACUCCGUGCGUCAACAACCUCAACGGCUUCGUAUCGGCCUUCCUGUUCUCCAUAGAGACGGAGACCACCAUCGGCUAUGGAUACAGAGUUAUCACGGACAAAUGCCCCGAGGGAAUCGUUCUGCUUCUGGUCCAAUCAGUGCUGGGAUCCAUCGUCAACGCCUUCAUGGUGGGCUGUAUGUUUGUUAAGAUCUCGCAGCCCAAGAAACGUGCAGAGACUCUUGUGUUUUCCACCAACGCUGUCAUCUCUAUGAGAGACGGACGGCUGUGCCUGAUGUUCAGAGUCGGAGACCUCCGAAACUCGCACAUCGUAGAGGCUUCGAUCAGAGCUAAGCUCAUCAAGUCCAAGCAGACCAAGGAGGGGGAGUUCAUUCCUCUCAACCAGACGGACAUUAACGUUGGCUACAACACCGGAGAUGACCGGCUGUUCCUGGUGUCACCGCUCAUCAUCUGCCACGAGAUAAACCAGCACAGUCCCUUCUGGGAGAUCUCCCAGGCUCACCUGGCCAAGGAAGAGCUGGAGAUCGUUGUGAUCCUGGAGGGAAUGGUGGAGGCCACAGGGAUGACGUGUCAGGCCAGGAGCUCCUACGUCAGCAGCGAGAUCAAGUGGGGUUACCGCUUCAUGCCCGUCCUGACGCUGGAGGACGGCUUCUACGAGGUCGACUACAACAGCUUCCACGAGAUCUACGAGACCAACACGCCCGCCUGCAGCGCCAAAGAGCUGGCCGACAUGGCCGCCCGCGCCCGGCUGCCCCUCACCUGGUCGCUGGCCAGCAAGCUGAGCCAGCAGGGGCUGGCCGAGUCGGAGCAGGAGGGGCAGGACAGCAAGGCCGGCCCGGAGAGCCAGGACAAGGCGGCCGAGAGGAACGGGGAGAUAGCCAACCUGGAGAGCGAGUCCAAAGUGUAGCGAGAACCGAGCGGAUCAGCGAGCGCACUGCGGGAGGGAGAACUGUAGAAAUCCUUCACUAGAUCCGCUUUUCAGAUUCACACCUGGAGAACCAGAACAUGUCGACAUGAGGCCACAGCUGGACUGAGAAUCCUCUGCAUGUUUCAGCUGUCAUGUGACAUCUCCUCAGAUCCCUGUUAUUUUUUCUAACCAGAUAUUCCUAGGGGUAUUUGCAGAAGUAUUUUUGUACAUAUUAUAAGCAGUUUUGGAUUCUUUGUUUUGUUUCUGUGUGAAUAUCUAAAUGAUGUUUGAUACUACUACCUUUAGGUUAGUUCUGUAUAUAUUUUAUGCCUUACUGUAUGUAUAAAGCUUUCAAUAACCUUUUUUCAGAAUUAUAUCUAAGCAUGUAACAGUUCAUUUAUCUGGUAUUCUGCACAAACUGUAUGACAUUAACGCUCUGAUACAAACAAGGAUGGAUGCAAGCUCUAGUUGAAACCAAUGAGGAAUUCUUCCCUGGAUGAAAAGUGUGUGUUUAUGAUUGAACUAGACCAAGCCAUGACUCGCUGCUUACAGCUGAUCCACUUCAGACAACGGCCCUUUAAAACUGCAUUUUGUCACUUUUUUGCACACUGGAGACUUCUUGUCAGGCGCAGGAUGUUAGAUGAUGUUCUCCAGAUUUGCCUCACAUGUUACCUAAAAUCAUAGACAAUAAUAAACAGUAAGUUCCUUAUUAUGCACCUGA